UUCGAAAGAUACUUCUUUUUCCCCUUUUAGGUCUCUCUCUCUCUCUUUCAUUAUUAGUGGGAGACCGUGUAAGAGAAUAAGCGUUUCUAGGCAAAAAAGAUAUGGCAUUUGAUCUUCUUCCGCCAUGGAAUUUAUAGUUAUAUCAAAAGAUUCAAAACAACUUCCCCCUCUCUUUUUCUCUGUUUCUUCUUUCAAUUGAGAUUAUUGGGUUUUCAUACUUUCAAUUUGAAUAAUGGAAGAGUCCAAAUUUCAACUAAAAUAAUGGGUUUUCCAUUCUGAUUCUGCAACUUUACUCCAUAUCUUCCAUCCCACCACAACCCCUCUUUCUCUCUUCUCUCUCUCUCUCCAUUUAUUUCCUCUGUCGAAUCUUACCCACUCCAUAACCAGUAAAGGCUAUGGAAACCCACCUCCACCUCCCUCCUCUCUGGCCCUUCUCGCUUCUACCCUCUGCUUCUCACUGUUGCUGCCAUAUCCUUCAACGCACAGAUUAGCCCUCAAGGGCACUUCAGAUUCUUCAACCCCAUAUAAGGAAAAAGAGUGAUUAUUUGUUUUGGAAGCCUCUGGUUCUUUACUUUCACCACUAUUCAUCCAAAUAUGGAAGCUUUAAACUUAAACCUUGAAGCUGCAAAAGAUUCAGAGCCCAGCAGCAGUCAAGAAGAAAAUCCCGAUCACUCCAACACUGCCACUACCACAUCUUCCUGUCCACCAAGCUCGAGUAAAGUAGUCGUUGCCAACACAAUCCCCAUUUCACUUGACUUGACACUUCAGUUUAACUCCAAUGAUAUUGAUUCAAAGGGCGAUGGCGAGAUUCAUGGGGAAACAAGUAACAAAUCAUCACCUUCAACAAUGCCAAGAGUUUUUUCUUGCAAUUACUGUCGACGCAAGUUCUUUAGCUCACAGGCACUUGGUGGGCAUCAAAAUGCACACAAAAGAGAAAGGACAAUGGCUAAACGUGUAACUCGGAUGGGAAUGUUCUUCGACAGAUACGGUAGCUUGGCUUCUCUGCCACUUCAUGGCUCAGCUCUUAGAUCCCUUGGCAUUGAAGCUCAUGGUGCUCUACACCAAACAGUUCUAGCUUCAGAUCAGAGGCCUUAUCCUGGUAGGAGUGUCGGAGCAAAGUUUGAGCAGAGCUCUUUUGGAUUCCCAACAUUCAUCGAGGACUACGAUGACGAUGUGGGGAUGUUUUGGCCAGGAAGUUUCAGGCAGGUGGCUGCUAAAGUUGAUAACAACUUAGGUCCUUUGAAAACCACAGUUCAAAAUUCAAAUCCAGAGUUUGGGAAAACAAUGCCUCCACCAAGAACAGAAGCAGCAUCAUCAUCACCUGAUCUCACUUUGAGGCUUUAGUAAGUAAUUUUCUCUUUGAUGCCUUCUCCUUAAUGUAUCAACUUUUGUAAAGUGGGAUGAUGUCUGCCAUUGUCUGCCAUCUUUUAGUGGCUCUAAGCUUAUGAAUGAUUGAAUAAAUCUUCAAUUUUUUUUCUCAUUGCCUUUAA